AUAACAAAGACAAAAUAAUAAAAAAUUUGAUUAAUUUUAUUUGGAAGGCAACAAGUGGAAAAGCUGCAUCAUUAAUCUUUGAUAAUGAUCCCUUAUUCUCAGCCACCCUGACUCUCAAUGAUGGAAUAUCUAAUACAAUAUACUUGGAUGCACCAAGUGCGGUAAUUAUUAACAGAGAAAACUUUCUAAAGAUCGCAGACCUUGCCAAAGUAAAUGAAAGUUAUCAAACGAUAAUUGAUGCUAUUCAAGCUGAUGAUAUUAAUCUUGAUAGACAACCUAGUGAUAUAUCAUUAGAUUUUGUAAACAUGGACAUUCAAGGUAGUAAUGCGAUUG